CUUUUUUCUACAUUUGUAGCAAAAAUGGCUCAAGCAGCGAUGGCAGCAGCAUCCAGCCAUGAUGAGGACUCAUCUGAGAGCAGAAUGGUGGUUACUUUUCUCAUGUCAGCCCUUGAAUCAAUGUGCAAAGAGCUUGCCAAGUCUAAGGCAGAAGUUGCCUGCAUUGCUGUGUAUGAAACAGAUGUGUUUGUGGUGGGAACUGAGAGAGGAAGAGCCUUCGUCAAUACCAGAAAAGAUUUUCAGAAGGAUUUUGUGAAGUACUGUGUUAAUGAAGAGGCAAAAGCUGUAGAAUUGCAGAAGACAAAAUCAGCAUCACUUGAUAACAGGAUGACUGUGGAUAUUGUGGAAAUGGAAGCUCUCAGGAAGUCUGUGGAGGAUUAUUUCUGUAUUUGCUACGGUAAAGCUUUAGGAAAAUCAACAGUAGUUCCUGUGCCAUAUGAUAAGAUUCAGAGGGAUCCAUUUGCUGUGGUAGUACAUGGGCUUCCAGAAGGACUUGCUUUCAAACAUCCCUCCAGCUAUGAUGUCACAACACUGAAGUGGAUUUUGGAAAACAAAUCUGGGAUCUCAUUUGUCAUCAAAAGGCCUUUCCUUGAGCCAAAGAAACAUUUAGGUCCUCGUGUGUCAGACUCCUCACACACGAUAACAUCUCCAGGCGGAAGUUGCCCUUCCAUUCAGGUGAAGACUGAGCCCAAUGAAGAUUCUGGACUCGAGAUGGUAACAGUUAAAGAAGAAUCAGAAGACCCUGAGUAUUAUCAGUUUAAUAUUCCAGCAGGUCCUUCAGAAACUUCGGCGAUUGAUGAGAAAAUCGCCAUGGCAAAGUCUUAUACAGGGAGCAACCAGGGUUCCGAUUGCAGUGAAGGAACAGAUGUGGAAUUGCCAGUAGAAGAUUCUUCUCAGCAUGCCACUUCUGAAACAAGUGAGGAUCCUGAAGUGGAAGUGACCAUUGAAGAUGAUGAUGACUAUUCACCACCCCAUAAGAAGACAAAGAGCAUAGAACCAGCCAAUGAUACUUCCAAUGCUGGGAGAAGAAAAGCUAGAGAGUUCAAUUUUGAGAAAUGGAAUGCCCGAAUUACAGACUUGAGAAAGCAAGUUGAAGAGUUAUUUGAAAGAAAAUAUGCUGAAGCUAUUAAUGCAAAAGGGCCUGUAUCUAUCCCGUAUCCACUCUUCCAAUCUCAUGUUGAAGAUCUGUAUGUGGAAGGAUUACCAGAAGGAAUUCCUUUUCGUAGACCCUCCACUUAUGGGAUCCCACGUCUUGAAAGGAUUUUACUGGCAAAGGAACGAAUUCGAUUUGUGAUUAAGAAGCAUGAGCUACUAAAUUCAACACGAGAAGAUUUACCAUUAGAUAAACCAGUUGCAGGAGGUAAGUGGGUGCACCCCAGUUUUUGUUGGCGUUUGUGGGGGGUAGAAAUUUCUGGUAAGGUACCAAAGGCUGUACCUUACCAGAAAUUUGAAGCGCACCCCACUGAUCUUUAUGUGGAGGGUUUGCCAGAAAAUAUUCCAUUUCGGAGUCCCUCUUGGUAUGGAAUCCCUCGGCUGGAGAAAAUUCUUCAAGUGGGGAAUAGGAUAAAAUUUGUAAUAAAAAAGCCAGAGCUACUAACAAUCACUCCCACAGAGGUUACUCAACCAAGAACAAACAUGCCAGUUAAAGAAGAUUGGAAUGUCAGAAUCACAAAAUUGAGGAAACAAGUCGAGGAGAUAUUUAACCUGAAAUUUGGACAAGCUCUGGGUCUUAGUGAAGCAGUGAAAGUUCCUUAUCCUGUCUUUGAGUCAAAUCCUGAGCAUCUAUAUGUAGAAGGUUUGCCUGAAGGGAUCCCCUUUCGAAGCCCAACGUGGUUUGGAAUCCCACGCCUGGAAAGAAUUGUGCGGGGGAGUGGAAAAAUUAAAUUCAUUGUGAAGAAGCCAGAGCUUGUUACCUCAUAUUUGCCUCCAGAAUUGGCUAGUAAAGUGAAUACUUCAGGAUCUCAGAGUCCCAACAGCUCAAACUCUGCACGAAGUCCUGUAAGCAACUCUAAGGUUCCAGAGAUUGAAGUUACCGUAGAUGAAGGUCCUGCUAAUAGGGUAUCAACUUCAGAUGUUAGAACUAAUCCUCAAACCAAUGGAUCCAAUACUGGCUUUAAGCCAAGAGGAAGAGAGUUUUCUUUUGAGGCCUGGAAUGCCAAGAUUACUGAUCUGAAACAGAAAGUUGAAAAUCUUUUUAAUGAAAAAUGUGGGGAAGCUCUUGGACUGACAGAACCUGUGAAAGUUCCUUUUGCGCUCUUUGAAUCUUAUCCUGAAGAUUUUUAUGUUGAAGGCCUUCCUGAGGGAGUGCCAUUCCGUCGCCCAUCCACUUUUGGCAUUCCAAGAUUGGAAAAGAUCCUCCGAAACAAAGCUAAGAUAAAAUUUAUCAUUAAAAAGCCUGAAAUGUUUGAGGCAGCAAUUAAAGAAAAUGCUACUGCUAUUCCAAGUCCUCAAAGAAGAACCAGUUUGUGUAACACUGUGAUAAAUGCUGUAAGUGUGCCUGACCCAGUGGUGAACACAGCUGCUGGAGUAGAAGACCUUAACAUCAUUCAGGUGACAAUACCAGAUGAUGAUGAGAGAACCUCCAAAGUAGAGAAGGCCCGACAACUGAGAGAGCAAGUGAAUGAUCUGUUCAGUCGGAAAUUUGGGGAAGCCAUAGGUAUGGGAUACCCUGUGAAAGUCCCAUACCGAAAAAUCACUGUCAACCCUGGCUGUGUGGUGGUGGAUGGAAUGCCCCCUGGUGUCUCUUUUAAAGCUCCCAGCUAUCUUGAGAUCAGUUCCAUGAGGAAGAUUCUGGAUUCUGCAGAGUUUAUUAAAUUUACUGUCAUUAGACCAUUCCCUGGACUUGUAAUGAACAACCAAAUCGCUGAUAAAGCUGAAGCAGAAGCCCCAGCAGCCACUGUGCCAGCUCCUGAGCCAGUGGUACAAGAGCCAGUUGAAGCAGACCAAAUAGUGCAAGUAUCUGUGGAGGAAGAUUCAGCAGAGACUGAAGAAAACACUCAAAUAAAACAAGAGCCAGAUCCAACGUGGUAGAGCUCGCUUGCAUUAGGGUAAAGGACAGUCAUAAAGGAAGCAGAGCAGUGGGUGGUUUUCAGAUACUUUUCUAGGUAGGAAAUGGACCCUGACUCUUGCGGUGAAUGCAGAAUCUAUGAUCUGACUUCCAUUUAUAUUGGUCCUGUAACUAUGUAGAUCACUUAACUUGGCGGAAUCCCUCUUACAGUCUUUAAGUUGUGCUCCUUUUGUCCUUGGGCCACUUGCUUUGAACUCUAGUCCUCCUGAAUCUUUAGAGCAAUCUUCCCCACCCUAAUGCCCUUCAUAUGUUUUGGAUGACAUCCUCUCGAGUGCCCAUUGGCUUUGCUGGCUGGGGCUGAUGGGUGUUGGAGUCCAUAUCUGGAGGGCUUGAGAUGCUUAACAAGAACCAUGUUAAACUGAGUGAAAUAUGUACAGUAUGCAAAAAAUAGCCAUUAUUUUCAUAGGGCUUCUAGUAGUUUAUUUAACUUUAAUCUCUGCCAUGUUGUUUUUUUCUCCUCAAUCUCCAAUCAAAAGCAAAAGCAUCAAGGCUUAUGAAGAGUUUGCUGGGAUGGCCCUGGCCUGUGUAAUAUAAUUGUAUAAGAGAGGUACCUUCUAUCUGUCCUAUCCUAACCUAUUCCGUCCCCUCUUACUGCCUUCCUGUCUACCUGGGUCAAAAGUCCUUGGAAUUGUUACAAAACAGAGAUAUCUUCAAUUCCAGCCCUAAUUGAGAAAAGAGAGGCCAAACACAUAGCUUAUGAUUGUUACUUUUUGCUUUUGUUAAUAAAAAUCAGCAGGGAUUAGCAAAUAAAUAAAUCUUCCUUCUAAGUGAAUAGCCCCUAGAUGCAUUUGGCCUUUUUUUCUUUUUCUUUUUCUUCUUUUUGUUUUUUUGAAGAAGGAUGUCCACCAUAGUUCAGGUUUAUUUAAACUUGGUGGGGUGGGAGUUGAAAUUUGUCCAAUGAAUUUUAAUUUCUCUUUCUCCUUUAAUGGCUAAUUGGAUAAUAGUAUCUGUAUAUUUGAAAUAAUUUUUUCCUAUGAUAUAUCUCUCAACUCAUAUGUUUUUAAUAAAUAAAUAAAAACUGAUU